CGGACUGAAGUUGGGGUGGGCUUCCAGGGCUCCGCGGCGCUGCGGCUUGUGUGUGCUGGGUAGCGGAGGGCGGAAGUGCAGCUGGGCUUGGCUCCCACCAGCGCGCUGGUGCGGUCUGCGGCUGCGCGGGCUCUGGGGACUCUUGGCUCUCCGGUCUCUGCGGGACAGUGUGUCAAGCCCUGCGCCACCGCCCGUCCACAGCCGGGCGCCCCAUCCUCUUCACCAGUGGGGCAGGCCGGAGGAGGAGCCGGUGUUUCUGUUUGGCUUUGGUGGAAAAAAGAAUUUAGCCUAUAUGUACUGCUUUAACCACUGGAAGAAUGACAGAUGACAAAGACGUGCUUCGAGAUGUGUGGUUUGGACGAAUUCCAACUUGCUUCACCCUGUAUCAGGAUGAGAUAACUGAACGGGAGGCAGAGCCAUAUUAUUUGCUUUUGCCAAGAGUAAGUUAUUUGACGUUGGUAACUGACAAAGUGAAAAAGCACUUUCAGAAGGUUAUGAGACAAGAAGACAUUAGUGAGAUAUGGUUUGAAUAUGAAGGCACACCACUGAAAUGGCAUUAUCCAAUUGGUUUGCUAUUUGAUCUUCUUGCAUCAAGUUCAGCUCUUCCUUGGAACAUCACAGUACAUUUUAAGGUUGCUGGAAAGUCCAAGAUCAAGUCAAGGUCCAGCAGGGUUUGGUUUCUGGGUUUUCCAGAAAAGGAUCUUCUGCACUGUCCAUCUAAGGAUGCAAUUGAAGCUCAUUUUAUGUCUUGUGUGAAAGAAGCUGAUGCUUUAAAGCACAAAAGUCAAGUAAUCAAUGAAAUGCAGAAAAAAGAUCACAAGCAGCUAUGGAUGGGAUUACAUAAUGACAGAUUUGACCAGUUUUGGGCCAUCAAUCGGAAACUCAUGGAAUAUCCUGCAGAAGAAAAUGGAUUUCGUUACAUCCCUUUUAGAAUAUAUCAGACAACGACCGAAAGACCUUUCAUUCAGAAGCUUUUUCGUCCUGUGGCUACAGAUGGACAAUUGCAUACAUUAGGAGAUCUCCUGAAAGAAGUCUGUCCUUCUGCAGUUGCUCCUGAAGAUGGGGAAAAACAGAACCAAGUGUUGAUUCAUGGAAUUGAGCCGAUGUUGGAAACGCCUCUCCAGUGGCUGAGUGAACAUCUGAGCUAUCCAGAUAAUUUUCUUCAUAUCAGCAUCAUCCCGCAGCCAACAGAUUGAAGGACCGGCUGUUGGCUGGGAUGGAAUCACCUCUCAGCAGGAUGUACCAGAGCAUGUCACCCUUCUGCUUCGGGCAGGCUCGGCGGGGGCAGCCUGACCAGAAACACCGCUUCGAGCCAAACAGGAAAAAGAUUCCCUGUCUGAUAAGGGCACCCGGGCUGGUCUUACUGUGCAUCACCACUGCUUCCCUCCACUGCCGUCAUUCAACCUCAGCUCCGACAUGAAAGACUUUACAGGACCCCUGCAGGUCUGCUGUUUUCUUGUAACAUGUAAUGAAGCCGAAACCUUUGGCCUAAGAAGAAAAUGGAAAUAUGUGCCACUCAAUUUGUAUUUCUGAUUAACAAAUAAACAGGGGUAUUUCCUAAGGUGACCAUGGUUGAACUUUAGCUCUAGGGAGUGGAAACAUUGGUUUAAUUUUCAAGAGAAUUAGACUUAAGAAAGUAAAAGAGAAAUUCUGUUAUCAAUAACUUGCAGCAAUUUUUGUAAAAGAUCAAAUUACAGUAAACCCAUCUUUCCUUAAUGAAAAUUUCCUAUGUUUACAGUCUGUCUAUUGGUAUGCAAACAAUCUUGUAACUUUGAUAAUGAACAGUGAGAGAUUUUUAAAUAAAGCUUCAAAAUAUGUUUUGUCAUUUAA